AAAGAAGGGGAUGGGAUGCAGGGGUCACAGCCCCACAUCUCGGAGCCCAGCCCCGCUCUCCCCGCAGCCCAUCCCGGCAGCGAGGCACCGGGUCGCCCUGCGAAGCGGCGUCGGAAAGCAGCAGCAGCGCAGCCCAGGAGCAGAGCUUUGGGGCACCCGCGGGCUUUGGGGCCGCUGGAGGAGCUGCUGGGGUUGCGGGGCGGCCGCCUGCGUCCCACCAUCUGCGGGGAGUGCGGGAAGGGCUUCAGCCGCAGCUCGGACCUGGUGCGACACCGCAUCACCCACACCGGGGAGAAGCCCUACACCUGCGGGGCCUGCGGGAAGGGCUUCAGCCAGAACUCCAACCUGGUCACCCACCAGCGCAUCCACACCGGGGAGAAACCCUACAGCUGCGGGGCCUGCGGGAAGCGCUUCAGCGAGAGCUCGGCGCUCAUCCAGCACCAGCGGACCCACACCGGGGAAAAGCCCUAUUGCUGCGGGGAGUGCGGGAAGCGCUUCAGCGUCAGCUCCAACCUCAUCCGGCACCGGCGCACCCACACCGACGAGAAGCCCUACAUCUGCGUGGAGUGCGGGGAGGGCUUUCGCCACAAAUCCCAGCUGCGCCGGCACCAGAAGCUGCACUCGGCGUAGUGGGGAGGCGGCUUUAGGGAUGGGGAGCAGCGCUGGUCACGGUCCCCUCAUCUGCGUUCCCAGGAUGGGGACUGCGGGGUGGGUGUGCGGUGCUGGACCCGGCCCCCCACCCAGAAACCCCAAAAGCCGACGGGGGGAAAGAGGGAUGGGGCAUUGGAAGAGGGAACGCAAUGGGGCGGUCGGGACUGCAGCCCAAACCAAUAAAAGGUGCUGGAGCUGCACUGCCUGGCCGGGGUCGUGCUGUAGGGCAGUGAUGGGGCUGCGCUUUGCAUGGGGUGGAUCAGUAGGGAUGGAUUUUCCAGUUCUCCCAGUUGGAGAGUGGGGUGGCAGUGGGAAUAACACCCACAUGGGGUGGCACACGCCUGCACAUGGAGCUGGCAU